GCUCCCGGGCUCUGGUGUUCUGGGGUCUGUCCCUGCGAGUGCAGUGACCUGACUUGGCAGGAGGGGCGGCCCUGUGCUGGUCGUGCCUCCUGGUGCCAUCCCGGGGCGCCAGUCCUAGAGGCAGGGGUUACUCGUGGAGAAAGCUAUGAAUGUUUCAGAGAAUGUGCUCUCUGCUGGACCCUCAUUAGCAUUGCAAGUUCAUGCCGCUGCAGUUAAUGGAGAUAAGGGUGCCCUUCAGAGACUCAUUGUUGGAAACCCUGCUCUUAAAGAUAAAGAAGACCAAUUUGGAAGAACACCACUCAUGUACUGUGUGUUGGCAGACAGACUGGACUGUGCAGAUGCUCUUCUGAAAGCAGGAGCAGAUGUCAAUAAGACUGACCGUAGCCGGAGAACAGCCCUCCACCUUGCAGCUCAAAAGGGAAAUUACCGCUUUAUGAAACUCUUGCUUACACGCAGAGCAAAUUGGAUGCAGAAGGAUCUAGAAGAGAUGACACCCUUGCACCUGACUACCCGGCAUAGGAGCCCCAAGUGUCUAGCCCUUCUGCUGAAGUUUAUGGCCCCUGGGGAGGUGGAUACACAGGACAAGAAUAAGCAAACAGCUUUGCACUGGAGCGCAUACUACAACAACCCAGAGCAUGCGAAGCUGCUUAUCAAGCAUGACUCCAAUAUUGGGAUUCCUGACAUCGAGGGCAAGAUCCCACUCCACUGGGCAGCCAACCAUAAAGACCCAAGUGCUGUGCACACAGUGAGAUGCAUCCUGGAUGCUGCCCCAACAGAGUCUUUAUUGAACUGGCAAGACUACGAGGGUCGCACACCUCUUCACUUCGCGGUCGCCGAUGGAAACCUGACAGUGGUGGAUGUCUUGACCUCCUACGAAAGCUGCAACAUAACAUCGUACGAUAACUUAUUUCGAACCCCACUCCACUGGGCAGCCUUACUAGGCCAUGCGCAGAUCGUCCAUCUCCUUUUAGAAAGAAACAAAUCUGGAACUAUCCCUUCCGACAGCCAAGGAGCAACACCCUUGCACUAUGCAGCUCAGAGUAACUUUGCUGAAACAGUGAAAGUGUUUUUAAAGCAUCCUUCAGUGAAAGACGACCCCGACCUGGAGGGAAGAACGUCCUUCAUGUGGGCAGCAGGGAAAGGCAGUGAUGACGUGCUCAGAACUAUGCUUAGUCUAAACUCUGACAUCGACAUUAACAUGGCAGACAAGUACGGAGGCACAGCUUUACAUGCUGCUGCCUUGUCUGGCCAUGUCAGCACAGUGAAGUUAUUGUUGGACAAUGAUGCUCAAGUAGAUGCUACUGACGUCAUGAAACAUACUCCACUCUUCCGAGCCUGUGAGAUGGGACACAAAGAUGUGAUUCAGACACUUAUUAAAGGCGGAGCAAGGGUAGAUCUGGUUGACCAAGAUGGGCACUCUCUUCUCCACUGGGCAGCACUGGGGGGAAAUGCCGACGUCUGCCAGAUACUGAUUGAAAACAAGAUCAACCCAAACGUGCAGGAUUAUGCAGGAAGAACGCCUCUGCAGUGUGCUGCAUACGGAGGGUACAUCAACUGCAUGGCUGUGCUCAUGGAAAACAGCGCAGACCCCAACAUCCAAGACAAAGAGGGACGAACAGCUUUGCACUGGUCCUGUAACAAUGGCUACCUUGAUGCAAUUAAAUUACUGCUAGAUUUUGCUGCCUUCCCUAAUCAGAUGGAGAACAACGAGGAGAGGUACACACCCCUUGACUAUGCAUUGCUUGGUGAGCGCCAUGAGGUGAUCCAGUUCAUGCUGGAACAUGGUGCCCUGUCCAUCGCAGCUAUACAAGACAUUGCUGCCUUCAAAAUCCAAGCUGUCUACAAAGGAUACAAGGUUAGAAAAGCCUUUCGAGACCGGAAGAACCUCCUCAUGAAACAUGAGCAGCUGAGAAAAGAUGCUGCAGCUAAAAAACGGGAAGAGGAAAAUAAGAGGAAAGAAGCUGAACAGCAAAAAGAGCUGCAAAGUACAGACCCCAGUCCCCACAUUCUCCCCUGUCCACCCAGCCCCCAAAGCAAGCCCAGCAAGCAAAGUGUGGCCCCUAGCAAACAGCCACCUGCUGGCCACACAGUCCAGAGCGCUGACCCAGAGCACAGCGGGUCUCUAGGUCAGUGUCCAGGCAGAGCUUCCCAUAAGGAUUCUUCCUCAGUCCUUCAGGGAACAGCCUCCAGAAAGCCAAAUGAAACACCCAGGGAACACUGCAGAGGCCUCUCUACCUAUGUGCACCUCAGAUCCCGUGAAGGUGGUGAUGGCGCCAGGCAUCAGGGAGCAUCCUCUGUGGAGAAGUGCAGAGGUGAGACCAAUGGCGAGCACCAAUGCAUGGAGGGACCAAGCAGGGCCAGGCAGCCCUUGUCCUUUGGGUCAGCCCAGCCUGCUGAGAAAGGAGAGGACUCCAGCCCUGCAAGUGCGUCCCAGCAGGAAAGCCCCAGGAAGGCAAGCAGGAGGCAGGACAGGGCACCCAGGCCCAGAGGUGCUUCCCAGAAAAGGCACACCCACCAGCUCAGAGACAGGUGCUCCCCAGCUGGGUCCAGCCGGCCUGGCAGUGCCAGGAGGGACGUUGCCUGUACUGAACAGAGCCCUCUCCAUCACCGCACACCAAGAAACAAGGUGACCCCGGACAAGCUUGUAGGAGGGGUCUCCUCAGAUCUGCCACUCCGUACAGAAGAGUUGAGGUCAGGAUGCAAGAAGCUGUAUGAGGAUGCCCGAGCAUCUCCAGAGAGAGAUGUGGUCCAUGGACCCCCUCCUGGACAGAGUGUGAAUAUCCACCUUCUCCCUGUAGAGCAGCGCCUGCAGAUAAUCCAGAGGGAGCGGAGUAGGAAAGAGCUAUUCCGCAGAAAGAACAAGGCCGCAGCAGUCAUCCAGCGAGCUUGGCGAAGAUACCAGCUCAGGAAACACCUGGCUUGUCUUCUGCACGUGAAGCAGCUCAGAGCCGGAGACAUGCUCAGAUGUACCCAAGUGUGCACAGCCCUGCUCCUUCAGGUCUGGAGGACAGAAGUGGAACACAGGUUCCCAAAGUCCGUCACAGUAAGCAGAACACCCAAAAGUCCACCCAAAGGCAUGUCAGCCACAAAGUCUGCAAGGCACUCAGUGCUCAGGCAGAUCUAUGGUUGCUCUCAAGACGGGAAAGUACAUCACGCCCCCAAACCUUCCAGAGGCCCCACUGUGCUGCACCUCAGUCCAGUCCACAGUCUGCAAUCUAUACAUCUUGACAAUGUUGGAAGAUCAAAGAAGUUUUCUUAUAAUCUGCAACCAGCCAGUCAGUCAAAGAACAAGCCAAAGCUUUGACCCUGGGGGAAAAGCAGAACCAGUGUGGAGUUCUGCUCUAUCAACCGCUGUUACUCAUGGGAACACUUCACUUUCCAUACCUAGAGCCUUUUAUUAUCCGGAUUACGAGGUAGCAACUCCAAAGACAAAUGUUUCCUCCUGGCGUACACCAGAGCAGACUCUGCUCGUACGGAGUGCCUCGCUGUGCGCCUCACCUCCAGGAGGCUGGAAAGAAGAACUGAUGGCAAUCACCAGCGUAACCAACAACACCUGCAGGGAGCCGCUGCUGGUUGGGAUUUCGGGCAGCUAGGCACAGGCCUGGUUUUUUCCCUCUAGAGAAGCUCUCAGAUGGGAAACCUGUGCCAAAGCCAGCACCUUUAACUCCUUAAUUUCCUGGAACAUAAUGUGAUGAACAUCACAUUUUAAAUCAAAAUCAUGGUCUAGUGUUUGCCUUUAGAAACUGCCCAGGAGGCUGAAAAUACACUCUGUUAAUCCUUACAGUUGUCAAUUUCCAAACUGGCCCUGGAAGGGUACAAGCUGCAGCCAUGUGCUCACUCUUUCCCAAAUAUUGUCUUUAAAGGUUUGUUUACAUUUAAAGGGGAAACGGUGUGGGAGG